AGUUGUGCUGAACAUGAUGCAUUCUGUAAAGGUUGGGUGGGGGCAAACAUUUGCCCUUGCCAAGCAUAAUGAAUCUGAAGGGAAAAAGUCUCGGAUUCGACGCUCGAAGGAGGAAAGAAAGGCAAUGGUGGAAUCCUUUAUAAAGAAGUAUCAAGAGUCAAACAAUGGAAACUUCCCAUCACUUAAUCUUACGCAUAAAGAAGUUGGUGGCUCUUUCUACACAGUAAGGGAGAUUGUGCGAGAUAUUAUUCAAGAAAAUAGAGUGUUGGGUCCUGCUAAGUUCACUUUAGAGGAGUUAAACUCUUAUCAAUUUUUUGAACAAAAUCCAUUGGGUUCAAUUGCGAGAGAUCCUCAAUCUUUUUUGACUGGGUCUUCAAAUGAAAAUCAUCCUGCGCCUAACAAACUUCAGGAUACAAGUGGCGAAACGCUUUCUGUUUCUGAUGGGUAUAAUACUGAAGUUGAGCUUGAGGUGGUGGACAAAGGGCAUGUCAUAAAUGUUAGCCAUGCAAAUGUAACCAACAAGGAAUCCACUGAAGAAGUUACUGUUGCUUCUGAUGGGUAUUGUACUGGAGCUGAGCAUCCAAAGAUUGAUAAAGGGCAUAUCAUAAAUGGUAGCCAGGUAGAUGUGACAAACAACAAAUCUGUUGAAGCUACUAUUGUUUCUGAUGGGUAUUAUACUGGAGCUAAGCAUAAGACUGUUGACAAAGGGCAUGUCAUGAAUGGUAGCCAGGUAGAUAUGGUAAACAAGGAAUCCAUUGAAGCUACUCUUCCUGAGAUACAGGUAAGUGAGCCUAUGGCACCUGAACAGAAUGUUGAACAAGAGUUGGUAGCAGCCACCACACCAAUGGCUAAAGUAACUGCUGUGACAGAAGACUUGAUAGUAGAGGCAUUUCCAUUAAGGCCUGUUGUUAGGACUACUGACGGAAUAGAAGAAGGUCUUGUUGGAGAGUUGAGGGACCCAAGUAAUUCACCAGAAAAGGAUAUACCCAAGUUGGAAUUGGUACAAGCAGAGGAGAGGUCUGAUAUAGAGCCCAGAAAGAGUUCUAAUUUAUUGGAUGAGAAAUUUGAAGAUGCCCUUGGAAAUCAAAUAUUAAAGAACAUCUCUAACACUGGGCAUAAUGAGGAGAAAAAUGUAAGAGAUACGUUGGCAGAAAGCACAAAUCAUUCUACCCACAAAGAACACUUGGGUCAUGAAUUUGAAGAUAGCAAUGACCCUCAAGUUAGAGUAUCUCAUCAAAAUACUAUAACUCUUGAAACCACUAACAAAAGCAAGAUAAUAGAUGGAGCCAAGACAAACGUACAAGAUGGCUCUCAAGCCAAGAACCUCAGCGACACUUAUACUGAGGGAUCAAAACCUUCAGAGGAAGGCCUGCAUAAAGCUAAUGAACAUAGAGUUGACGGUCAACUUGGUGGCAAUUCCCAGAGAAGAAGCAAGACAACUUUAGAUAGGAUCAAUCUAGAAUCAUGGGAUGGGACACCUAAGAAUUCUGCAAAACGAGAACCCAACCCUCUUUUAGCCAUUUUUAAAGCUUUUGUGGAUGCGUUUGUGAAAUUUUGGUCGGAAUGAAGAUUUUAGUAUUUGUUUAUUUUUCUUUUCCUUUGUGUUAUUUUUGGUGAUUGUGGAGUUGAUGUUUAGUACCUGUCAAAGAACGUUGUCGGCGUAGUCUUGAUUAAUUAAUAUGCGCAUCUUUCUUUCUUUAAUAGCAAUUGUCUUGUCUUCAUAGUUUAUCUGGCUGUGUGGAGAGUACAUGGGAGGCAGCUCUUGUUUUCUUAAG